GCCAAGUCAUCACAACUCGCACCAACUAGUCCACCAACGAGCUCACCUCCCCCUCCUCCUUCCUCCGGCCGUUGACCAACAACUCCAGCAAGUGGCACAGAGGCAGCACAGCAAGCUCCCCCUCCGGCCUCCGUCUCCUGCCCACCAUGUCCGGCAGCGGCCGGAGCCGCGAGAAGACGUGCUGCAGCAGCUGCUGCACUCUUCUCAUCUCCCUGGGCUUCGUCGUGCUCAUCUACUGGGCCAUCUUCCAGCCGCACCAGAUACGCGCCGCCGUGGAGUCCGCCGAGCUCUCCAACCUCGCCGUCUCCAAUGCCUCCUCCCCCGUCGCCGUCACCUACCACGUCGCCGUGAACCUGAGCCUCUAUAACCCCAGCAAGCGCGUCAACAUCUACUACGACACCAUCGACGCCGAGCUCCGCUUCCGCGGCGCCGUCCUCAGCCCGGCCGCCGCCGCGGCGUCCCCCUCCGAGUUCUACCAGCGCAGGAAGACCGCCCAGGCCGUGCGCCUCGAGUUCGACGGCAAGAGCGUCGCCGUCCCCGGCGACGUGUCGACGGAGCUCGAGAACGAGGUCAAGGGUGCGGCGAUGCUGGGCCUGGAGCUGAGCGUCAACGUGCGGGUGAGGUACGUGUUCGGGAGCAUCAAGAUACGGCAGAAGCCGAGGGUUUUGUGCGCGGUGAGCAUCCCGGUCCCGACGACGCCGGGCGGCUUCAGCUUUCUUGGCUCCGGCGACCGCUGCUGGGUCAAGUACUGAUGAUUGGAGUCGUCGGUCCAGCUCCCUUCUCUUGGUGGUUUCUGAUUGGAGAUUAGUGGCCGGUUUUGGUUUUGAUUAUUCGUGCAAAGAUUGCUACUGUUUGGGAAAUAUACUUGUUCCUGCAUUUGUAUUUGCCUUAGAAUUUACUGUGCUAUUGGAUUAUUUGUUAGCCCGGUGAGUGGUUAUAAAGUUAUAAAUCACAAGAACAUAUGGUUGCUUCUCAUGUCGAUCUUGUUAAACUUGAA